AUGGAAGGAAAAAUAUUUCACCAAGAUGUGUUAUCAAGAUUGAUCUUCAGAAAGCUUUUGACUCUAUUCAUUGGGGGCUUCAUCUCUUCAAUUCUCAAGGCCAUUAAUCUUCCUCCUAAGUUUACUACUUGGACUGAAACUUGCUUCACUGAAGCCAGAUAUUUCAUCUCUCUUAAUGGUUCUUUAGUUGGUUAUUUCAAAGGAGAAAGGGGUCUAAGGCAAUGUGAUCCUUUAUCACCCAUCCUGUUUCUUCUAACUAUGAAUAUCCUUUCAAAAAUCCUGAACACUGCUGCUGCCAGAGGGUUUCAGCUUAAUGUAGCCAAAUCUGAUCUUUUUGCUGCUGGUAUUUCCCCAAGGAAACUUGAAUCUCUCUUUAUCUCUUCUGGCUUCAAAUAUGGUCUUCUUCCAGUGAGAUAUCUUGGGGUUCCUCUAAUCACCAGAAAACUAACAGCUAAGGAUUGCUCUCCCUUAGUUGACAAGAUCAUAUCAAAAAUUCAUCAAUGGACUGGGAAGCAUCUCACCUAUGCAGAGAGAUUAGAACUUGUUAAAACUGUCCUCCAAAGUACUGACACUACAGUCAUUGGUGCAAGAGUAAGCUGGAGUAACAUCUGUUGUCCUAAAUCAGAAUGUGGGUUGGGAUUAAAAGAUUUCAAAACCUGGAAUAAGGUGUACAUGAUUCGUAAUCUUAUUGCUGGUGAAAGAUCUCUAUGGAUUGCCUGGAUUUAUAACUAUGUGAUUAAAACCAAAGACUUUUCCCAGCUGUCAAAUAGUGUUUCUUAUAGCUAUUGA